AUGAACACACUCGUCACAGGCGCCGCUUUCGGCGCGGCCCUCACGGCUUCGGGCGUUUAUCAGCCCUCCGUCAUCGUCUCUCAACUCAAGUUUGAGAACUGGCAUAUGAUGCAAGCAUUCCUUACUGCUGCCGCCAGCUCUGCAGCCCUAGUCCACCUCCUCCAAACCCUUUCUCCCACAACCUUCCCCCCCCUUCCCCCCCGCUCCUUCUCCACCCUCUCCCUCUUCUCGCGCUACGACGGCAACCUCCUCGGCGGCCUGCUUCUCGGCACAGGCAUGAUGCUCUCGGGCGCCUGCCCCGGUACCGUCCUCGCCCAACUCGGCGCCGGCGUGCGCUCCGGUUUCUACGCUUUAGAAGGCGGUAUCCUCGGCGGAAUCGUCUUCACGGGCUUUCUCGGUCCUUGGAUCGCGCGCCGUAACGCCGCCGCCAAGGCUGAGGCCAAGGCUCGCGGCGAAGAUAGGGAAGUUACCAAGACUGUUUACGAGAACUUGGGCGUGCCCAAGUCCAGCGUUUUGGUGGCUUUUGAGGCUAUUUGUGCGAGCGUGGUGGUGAGCACUGCGCUUUGGACCAGUGUUGGGCCGGAGGCCAGGAUUGCCCCUUGGAUGGGUGGGUUGUGCAUUGCUGGUGCGCAGCUGUUGAGUUUGUUGUUGAGGAAGAACUUGGUGGGCACUUCGACGAGCUUUGAGGAGGUCGGGGAUUGGUUCUGGGGAAUCUUCAAGGGAAAGACGCUGCCGCAGAGGUAUAACAACUUGUUGUUUGUCAGCGGCGCAGUCCUUGGUGCGAAGCUGUUGACGGUUGCGUAUCCUGCUCUUGGCCAGGUUACUGAGGUUGCGGUCUCGCCUGUUGCGGCGGGCUUGGGUGGUUUCUUGAUGAUCAUCGGUUCGAGGAUGGCGGGCGGAUGCACUUCUGGGCAUGGUAUCAGCGGUAUCUCGCUCCUGUCGACGUCGAGCUUCUUGACCAUUGGAGCGGCUUUCGGUGCUGGUGCGCUGCUUGGCUUGUUGAGGGGUUGA